GCUAUCGCGACGUGUUAUUGUUUUAUUACACAUGUGAUUAAAGUGCACGAAAUUUCUUUGAUCAUGAGCGCGCAGAAUCAAUUACCAAAUCUCGACAAGAUCUUUCGAGAUGAAGACGAGCCUGACUUUGUAUCUUCAGGAGGAUCUAAUCUGGCUGCCAUUUUUGGAAUACAAUCAAAACUUGCAGAUCCUCAGUCUAUUAAACAAACAGCUCCUAAAAAGAAUAGAAUACUCGAGAAUACUCGAUAUAAUAUACAACAAACUAUACCAUCUUCCAAGACAGAAAUUCUAAUAGCUAAAGCUAUACAUGCUUUUAAAUUACAAAAUGGUCAAUAUGCUUCUGUUGGGAAGCUUGGUUUAGCAUUGACAGGCAAUGUAACAACGAAGCUAUAUCAGAUAAUUUUAUAUAGGACUAAACAAGAAUAUGUGUCUAUUGCCACAGUGACGCGCGACUUUUUGUAUACUGUACAAGCAAAUAAUUAUGCCACUUAUUAUGAUAAUAACAAUGAGAAUUGGUCUAUUUUAUUCGAGAAUAAUGAGAGCUAUCUAGAAUUUGGAACAGAAAUAGGAUUAGCGCGCUAUUUUGCAGUACAAGAGAGAGGAGACAAUGUGAUUUACCAAGAUUUAGCACCAGCAAGCAAUAAAGAUAUGAUUGCAAAAGAAGGAGACAAUAUAUGUAUCAAAUAUUUUGUGGGAACUGAGAUAGUACAACCUUUUAAGGCAAAUUUUGUAAUGUCGCAAAUCAUGACUGUAGAAAUAUCGACAGAUGACAAUUGGGAGAGAGUUCUUCUAGGCAGUAGCAAGGGUCUGAAAAGGAUUUUGUUUUUACCUCCCAGCAAACAGAUUAGUUUAGGUCCUGGAUUUCCUAAGGAGAGAGAUAUUAUGCUGAUAAUAGAGGUAACUGAUAUAAGAAUACCAGAAGAAAAUGUACCCAUAUCUAAAAUUUCAACAAGUGGAAAAGCUGCCAUAAUAUCAAGGAUGGCUAAAAUGGGUCAGUCUAUCUUACCAAAAAUGGCUUUACCUUCUACUACUGAUUCUGAGGAUACUGAGGAUGACGUACCUCAUAAAUCUCCUCGUCAGAAAAAGAUAGAACAAUCAGAAGGAACAUUGCAAAAGAAGAAUUUAUUGCAUGAAUCAUUGGAAGAAAAAAAAGUCAUUCAUAAAAUUGUGGAGCCAAGUACUGAAGUACCAUCUGUAAAUUCUAGUACUUACAAGCCAGUAGUUGCUGCAUCUCCGUUAACGCCGCAGUGGGCUCCUCCAUAUUUUGCUGGGCAUUAUGUAACGAUGGACAGUCAGAUGUAUCCUGUACCGCAGUCUGUAAAUCGUACAAUACCAGCUGCUCUAGAUCCUGGAAUCAAUAUGUUAUUAUCGGAAACAAGGAUAACAAAUGCAGAAAUACGAAUGGGAAUGUCUAAGAUAUCUGACAAUGUCCAGAAAUUAUUGGACAAGUUCCAUGCAUUUGAGCUUCAAAAUGCAACAACUCCUACAAGUGAUAAAGCAACUUUGGAUGCCUCUUGGAAAAUGUUUUUAGCUCUUAAUGCAUCUCAUGCAGGAGUAAAAGAAAAUGAAUUACCAAAGAGUACUGAUAAAAAUAUAUCAGAUGAGAAAAUUUGCGAAGCACGGAGCAAAAUAAGUAUUUUGGAGAAUAAUUUAAAAAAAUCAGAAGAGGAGAAGGAAUCAUUGUUGCAAAUUAAUAAAGAUAUGAGCAGAAAGCUUCAAGAAUUAGAAACAAAACUAAAUAAUACAAAUGACGAGUUGGACAAAACUAAGAAAGCUUUAGAAGUAGCUAAAAAUACAAUUAAACAAUGUACAGAAAAAAAUGUUAGUUUAGAAAAUAAAUUUUCUAAUAGAGAGCACAUUUUCCAAGCUGAUUCAGCAUCUUUCAGACAAAAAGAUAUUGAAAAAAAGAACAAAGAAAUUAAACAAAUAAUGAACAAAACAUAUCAUACAUUAUCAGAAAGAUUUGCAGAUGAAUCAUGUUCUGAAUUAUCCUUUGAUUAUGUAAAGUCAACUAUUGCAAGCACAAUAAAGCAUAUCACUUUACAAGUACUGUAUGAAGACUCCGAUGAAGAAGAUAUAGACUCUAAGAUAAAUAAGAAUUUCGAUUCCACAAUUAAAACUGUUAAUCAACAACAAACUGAAGAACAAGCAGAGAGGCUAGUAUUAAACGCGCCCAGUGAUAACGAUUUCUUGAUAAAACAAACAGAAUCUUCAAGAUCUACCACGUUCAUGCCUGUAUUUGAAAAUGAACCACCACCUGUUCCACUUGAUGACAUUGAUGAAGUUGAUAGCAACUGAUUGGUUGAUUUCAAUAUUGAUUAUACACACACACACACACACACACAUAUAUACGUGUGUAUAUAUAUGUGUGUAGAUAAUAUGUAGAAAAUAUGUAUAUCAGAAACGUAUAUGUAUAUAUUCUA